GAGCUUCUCCGUCCGUACCUGUGGAUCAGUUACCCUGAGCGGCGACAUCCUUUCUCCCCGCCUACGCCCUAAACAAGCGCGAAAGGCUUCCCUAUUUGGAGUAGAGUAUUGGGGGGUAUUUGGCUUUCUCUCCGGUCUACGCACGGUAUGAGCCAAGAGUGCUUUCAGUGCUCAUCAAGGUGCACAUGUCCCCACACUGCAUCCCAUGCCCUGGCUGUUGGGAACAUGUUUUCUCACAGGACAACGGCUACGGAGCCCAAUCCCCCCCCUCCUCCCCCCCCCAAAAUAUGCGUGGGGCUUCAGAUGCAGAGCAAGUCCGCUUCCGCUCAUGCAAACUCUUUCCUACGGUUCCCACGAUACGGGAUCUAUGAGCCCUAGGAUGUAGGGAUACGAAGGCUGGCUAUCAUGACGAGAGUCUACCGCUGUUGUUAAGCCUGGCCAACCGCAGCCAGUCAGCUCCAUAGUAUCAACGAACCACUCACAACCCUCAACUCAUUCUUCACUAUUUGACUGGUUCGCCCACAACAAAUAGACGUCGUCCCUCCUUGGGUAAUUUGUUCUCCCUCAAUAUAUUGCACCGACUGUUGUGCUACUGGCCUGGACGCAAUAGAAGCGCGCCAAUCUCAACCUAUCCAGCCGCCUAUCGAAUCAACGGUUUUGAAACUCAUCCGCCCACGUUUCGGAGCACUGUGGUGGCCUUUUAGGCAACUCGCAAUCGUCUUUCGCCCUGGCUGUGCAAACCCUCCUCUACCGGACGACGCCCCAAGCGUUCGCUGCUUCCACCUUCUUGUAUCCUGCAAAUUCCGCACGAAGCCUCAAAAACAACAACCCAGUGUUGUAGGGAGAGGCCACAUACUAUCUGACCAGAGCCCCCACGGCAGUCCAGCUUUGGGACAGGACGGGCCAAAACUCCCAUGUCCCGAUCUCUGGGACCAUAAAGGGCCAGGAGAUCAGGGCUCAAUGUCACAGAGGCCAGCUCCGUCUCGUCCUGUAUCUCAAUCAACCGCCGAUGGCCGGAAUGAUAGUUCGCCCGCUGAUACUUUUCGGAGACAAGGAGGUCAACAUGCUAGGCUUGACCAUGGAGAUGAAAUCUCUCGAGAACAAAAUUCACAGCUGCUGAGCCACCAACCAGCGGCGCAACCUCCUGCGCAACCUUAUCCGCAAAUGACGCCUGGAGAUAGUCGUACACUUGGUGGUGCUUCUCGGGGAGUUGGGGUCCAUACCAUGUUAAACCCAACGGGGUCUGCAACCGCUGGUGUGCACUCCACGUUUGGUUCAAAUUCCCAGAUGGCUUUCGUGGACCGGUCGCUACCACAACAGACUACUGGCACAGGCAUACUGCCACUCAUAUCGCGCUUAAACCGCCCUCCGAAUAGCCCUGGUUUGUUGCCAACGAACGCCGGCUUCGCCGGGCGGCGCAGGAGAAGUCUGGUCCCAAGCGUCCAUAGAUCUAUUAGUCUUGGCAAUUCGGCGAUGGGAGCCCAGAGACCCUUCGUACAGCCACCACCUGAGCACGAGGCGGGGUGGCCGCACGUUGUAGCCCCGGGGACAGGUGAUUCGUCAGAAAUCCCACCAGUGCCCGCUAUUCCUGCACAUAUUCGAGGUCCUAUCAAUUUGCCUCCUCCAGUGUCUGGGCCACCUUUAAACCGACGAGCGAGUGUUGCUGUGAUGGGAGGGCCAACACCAAGGUUACCAAAUUCACAGAGUGCAAGCCCGAACUCUCCCUACUCUUAUAGCAGCCACCCAUCGCCCGCUCCGAUAACUCAGCUGAGCCAGCCGCCUGCUGGCCCACCAUAUUUCACAGGUUCAACGCAAAGAGGAGCUGUCCCAGAAGGAGGUCCGUCACAAGGAAACCUACAAGAACCAGGCCCCUACACAACUCAACCACCGGAGAGAAUACCCCUCCAAGGCCCCGUUAGCGGUGGGCAUGGCCUGGUUUGGGCAGCAAGAAAUGGCGAGUUCAACAUAACUGUGGAUGUGGAUGUAGGAUCGAUUGAGGCCGCCAAUAGGCGUAAGCGCAAUGCCAGUGCCUCCGCGCGUUUCCGCGAAAGGGCGAAAGAUAAAAAGCAACAGGAGAGCAAAGAAAUUCAAGAUAGAGAUAAGCUGAUAGACAACUACAAGGAACGGAGCGACUUCUAUCGGGCGGAGAGAGAUACAUUGUGGCAGAUGUUAUACGACAACCCGGCAACUAGAAGCCAGGCUUUACAAAAGCGGCCGCAGAGUCCUAAUGUUAGAGAGCCCUCUCCUCUUUCUCAAGCCCUUCCUCCCGGCUCACGACGGCAAUCCCCUGGAGGUGACAUGAGCCAAAGCGAAAGACCUGCAAGACGAAGGCGACUAGACGACCAAGGAGAAUAUGAACGCUCUGGCAACCAACCUAGACCAGAAGAAGGGCAGCAUAUGCAAUAUCUCCCUCCAACCAACCCAUACGCCAGCGCACAACCUCGACCAGAAGGCCAGCAGCCACAAUAUCUACCUCCCCAAUCCAGAAGCGUUUCUGGCCCUGUAGCGGGGUCAAGUUGGCUUUCCAAUACCGUUGCCCAACGUCCGCAAUCUAUCUUCCAUCCCCAAGGUAGUAGUGACCGACCGUGGCCAAGUGGACAACUACCACAGCAACAACCACAGUACCAAGCACAGUACGAAGCAAAUCAUCAAGCAAAUCAUCAACAAAUCAUCAAGCAAAUCAUCAAGCAAAUCAUCAAGCAAAUCAUCAAGCAAAUCAUCAAGCAAAUCAUCAAGCAAAUCAUCAAGCAAAUCAUCAAGCAAAUCAUCAAGCUCAACAGCAAGCUCAACAGCAAACACAACAGCAAGCGCAACAACCGACGCCGAAGCCAGGCGACUCUACCGGGCAGCGGCAAUAGGGUCGUCACUAUCAUCACUCCAAAUACUGCCCGCCAAAACAUACCCUUUAUCAAACCAAAUUAA